GAAGAUACGAUUACUAACUAGACAUGGAUCAUCAUGUAUGUUGCCCGACGUCUGGUCAUCCUUUGUUCCAUUACUUUCACACUAAUGGUGAGUUAUAUCUUAAGUCUCUUCCACACUCUCCACCGGUAUACAUUGUCUAUUAGCCUGCCAACUGAUGUGUACUAAUUUAUUCUUUUCCUCUAUGUUGGCCUUUCCUUGCCCUCUCAUUCUCCUUAUUUCGCACACCCUUUUCUUUAUCGUCAAUUAUUCUUGUGUACACUCCAAAACUUGUAAUUUAUCUCUUCUUUUCCCAAUCCACGCACAGUCACCCCUCCUUGUUAUAAACUCUCAUGCAGAAAUCAAAUUGUGUUUCAUGUCUUGGAUAUGAAGACUCAACAAUAAAGUACAAUAAACCAUAUAAACUUUGUAGAAGUAAUGCGUUCCAG